AUGUCGGAGAGGGCCGCGGAUGACGUCAGAGGGGAGCCGCGCAGAGCGGCGGCGGCGGCGGCGGCGGCGGGAGGAGCAGCGGCGACCGCCAGGCAGCAGCAGCAGCAGCAGCAGCCCCAGCCGCGGCCGCCCCUCCAGCAGCAGCAGCAGCAGCAGCAGCAGCAGCCGCCGCGGCUCCGGCUGGCAGAGAGCGGAGGCGGCGGCGCCUCCACCUCCGCAGCCACAAUGGCGACCGUCGGGGAGCGCAGGUCUCUGCCCAGUCCAGAGGCGAUGGUCGGACAGCCGUGGAACCACUGGGUAGAAGCUGCGAAACUUCCUGGGAAGGACGGGUCGGAUUUGGAGGAAAGUUUGAAGGAGUUUGGGAAAAACCGAGAAGUAAUGAGGCUGUGCCGAGAAGAUAUGCCAAUAUUUGGUCUCUGUCCAGCCCAUGAUGAUUUCUAUUUGGUGAUAUGUAACCACUGUAAUCAGGUCGUUAAACCACAGGCAUUUCAAUCACAUUAUGAAAGAAGACACAGCUCCUCCAACAAGCCCCCUCUGACGGCACCGCCAUCCUCUGUGUAUUCCUUCUUUUCUUCCCUGUCAAAAAGCAAAGGUAACAACAGCAGCACAGGUGGGAACAGCCGUUCUUGUGGCGCAGGCGUUAUCAGCGCACCCUCGUCCAAUUCCAAGUUGUUGAAAUCGCCCAAAGACAAGCCGCAGCUCAGUGGAAACAGUAGGCCAAUGCAUGCGGUCCAGCACAGCCGAAUUCCCCACGAUAAGAUCUUGACGCCUUCGGUCAAGGUGGAAAAGAUCCACCCAAAGAUGGAUGGGGCACUACUGAAAACUGCUCUCGGUUCGGCUGGCUCUACUACUGUGAGUUCCUCCAUCAAGACUGGCCUUAAUUGUCCCUCAAUACCAAAGCCACCCUUGCCUUCCCCUGGACAGAUACUGAAUGGUCAAGGUCUUCUUCCUGCCCCUCCAAUUUUGGAAAAGAAGUCAGAAGAUCAUUCAAAUAAUAGGAAAUUUUUACAUAAGAGAUUAUCAGAGAGAGAGUUUGAUCCUGACAUAUAUUGUGGUGUCAUUGAUGUGGAGACCAAGAAGCCGUGCACUAGGUCUUUGACAUGCAAGACACAUUCCUUGACCCAGCGGAGGGCCGUCCAGGGUCGCAGAAAACGCUUCGAUGUGUUGUUAGCUGAGCACAAAAACAAAAGCAGGGAAAAAGAGCUGCUACGCCAUCCAGAUCAGCAGCAGCAGCAGAUCCCACCUCUCAGGGAACCACAUGCCUCCCCUUCCAAGACGUCACCGGAACUGCACCAAAACUCUCAUGGAGUGAUGCCUGCAGAAUCAAAGCCUUUAGUAGCUCAUAAACCCAGACCUCACAACCCCAGUCUUCCAAGGCCUCCAGGCUUGCUGGCCCCACCCAGUGGGAACGCACCCUCCGAUUCUCCUGCCGCUAACGAGUCUCCGCACCCUCCCCUGCCUUCGACUGAGCCAGCAUCUCGGGGAUCCAGCGAUGAGGGAGAAGGCGACGAAAAGGAAGAAUCUGUGGAAAAACUGGAUUGUCAUUAUUCAGCUCAUCAUCCUCAGCCAGCAUCCUUUUGCACAUUUGGUAGUCGACAGAUUGGAAGGGGCUACUUUGUUUUUGAUAAGAGGUGGAACCAUAUCCGAUGUGCCCUUAACUUUAUGGUGGACAAGCAUCUUAAUUCCCAGAUGUGGAAGAAAAUCCCUCCAGCACCUAGUAAUUUGGCAUCUGCGCGUGUUCCCCAGCGUACAAAUCCCAUGCCCCUGUCGCCAUAUGGUGUGAGCCCCCCAGGUUCUGGUUCCUCCACCGUCUCACCAUCACCAGUGUUGAUUUCGUCCUCCUGCAUCCCUCUGAACAGCAAGUCUGUACCAGCCCACGGAACAACACUUAAUGCCCCCCCAGCUGCUCUGGGGGUCGUGGACCCCGCGUGUGGUGGCCAGGCCCGACAGGGGUCUUCUUCAUCCCCUUCGGCCCCUUCAGUGCUUUCCUCAAUCCCUUCCCCGGUGUCCGGGAAACCUCAGAAACUGAAACCCACCAAGUCUUUGAAGCCUCGGGAGUCUCCUGCUAACAGCACGAACUGCAACAAUAUUGGUGGCGGCAGCAGCAGCAGCAGCAGCAGCUCAGGAAAGAAACGCAAAAACAGUUCCCCGCUGUUCGCACACUCUUCCUCCUCCUCCUCCUCGUCUUCCUCCUCGUCCUCGUCCUCCUCCUCUUCUCCUCAUUCCACAGACUCUUUUAGGAAAAACUGUGUGGUUAACUCUGGAAACUCUGGGACCGUUUAUCCUUCCCCAGUGACAUCGUCCCAUAGCAUGGGCCUCAACUGUCUGACUAACAAAGCCAACUCUGUGGGCGCGAGGCACGGCCAAUCAGGGAGGGGCCCCCUAACAGGGAGCCCAUCGGAAUCCAUCAAGAGGAUGAGCGUGAUGGUGAACAGCAGCGAUUCCACUCUUUCCUUGGGCCCCUUCGUCCAUCAGUCCAGUGAGCUGAUGAUGGCCGCCAGCUCACAUGGUGGCUUUUCCCACUCCCACACCCCUCUCGACAAACUCCUGGGGAAGAAGAGGAAGGGGUCCCCCAGCUCCAGCACCAUCCAUCACAGCAGCCAGGCCAGCAAGGUUGCCAAACUGCCAUCCAUGAACAGCGUUCACACCAAGCACCCCGGCCCAAUCCCCGGGACGCAGGGGCUGGCAAACAACUCUCUUCUUCCUCAGGUAAGAGGGGACCACCGUUAAGCUCCGCGGCCAAGCGCACUCGCCUCCUCUCAUUGUCCAGUAGCCAAUACCUGGUAUGCAUCAGCAUUUCUUUACCUUGUUUGUGUCCUGGGCCCCUUGGGCAGUGUCCAGGGAAGCCUGUGGACUUCUUCUCAGAAUGAUGUUUUUAAAUGCAUAAAAUCAAACGCAUGAGUUGCAGAGGAGACCAAUUCAUCAAAAUAUUUUUACAAAAAGUUCAGACUCCAGGUGAAGAACCCUUGGUAUAGAUCAUGGUGCCUUUAAAAGAAAAAUCUGUUUGUGACUGUUUAAAACACUGCACUGGGCCUAACUGCUGUCACUACUAAACUUGAAAGGUGGGCCUCAGGAGGGAAGUGAGGAGGGAGGGUCUGGAAGCAGCGGGGCCAUAACCAGACUUGGGGGAGGAGUGAAGGCAGAGGUCCUUUCAGUGGCUAGUGAGGAGCUGUCCAAAUCUUGCCGCUUCAUCAUCUGCCACAAGUCAGGAAGAAAUUAGUGCCCAUUCCAUUGUCUGUCUCAACCAAAUACACUGAAGACAGCCAAACUGAAACUAGAUUGAAUUGGAAAGAAAUAACCUUACUUUUAAAGCUGAUUAAGGUUUUCUUCUAAGCUUUGUGUUUCUUUCCCCCUAGCCAGGUUCGCAAACACGUAGUGCACAUCUUUCAGCUGAUCACUUUUCCAUGGUGGCUGACCGGCAUGCAUCAGAACUAACCCAUGCUUGAUUUAAUGUGUUAAAAGAGAAAGCUACUUUUGGCAGCCACUGUUAAAGAGCUGCAGUCCUGCUCCUCAUAUCAAGAGCUGGUUUGGCUUUCCACCACUUGACUCUUAGCCUCCUUCCCAUUUCACUCAUCAGGGUGCUACUGCAGCCUCAUUCACAAAUCAGCAUUCCCCUGAUUGAAAGUCAAGCCACCGCCCUUUAUUCUUAGUGGCUUCAUGUUGGCAAUUCCCUUAGUGACCAGUUUGGGGUUUUGGUUUGUUUGUAUUUUAAAAGGGAACACCAGGCAGCCCCUGGAUCCAUUUUCCUCCAGGCCAGUUUGAUCAGAAUUCUAAAGAAGAGGGAAAUCAUUAAUUUCAAUCGCUUUCAACGUUCACUCCUCUUCUGCUCUUAGAGAAUUGUUCUAUACAUGUUUGAAGUGUUUUGUUGUGUUCCUUUGGAGGAGGGGGGCAGGUGGUGGGAGGCCCCAAAAAAAGAAGCAUUCUUGAGUUUUCUGGUCACCAUUAGUAAUGGGUAUAAAAAUUAGGUGCAUCCCAAAUCAGAAGCAGCAGCCAGAGUCCAAGAGUGACCCCGCAGAGGUGUGUGCCUGGCUCAGCCGCUUGGAUGAGCUAGGUAAGAGCAGUCUCCUCAUUCUGAGGCCAGGCUUCUCUGAGGGAGUGAGCUGUAUUUUGGCUUUUAGCAUCUUUCUGCCAAGCAGAUUCCAGUGGAAAAGACAGAGAGCUGAAGCACACUGCUCAGCCCCUGAACUCGGCGUUUUUUUCUCUGAAGGCGACUUCUGACUUCUCCAGUCAGAGCUUGACAAGGAGAUAGAUGUCAGUGCUGUUGAAUGCUAUUUAUUGCCUUUUUCCCGAAAGUGAUUUAAAUUUCUUGUUCCACAUUGGAGUGAGCUUUCUCCGAAGCAGGCCACUUUCGCUCCCCUCCCCACAGGGCUGAAUUGAGGACAAGGACAACAGAGCUGGUGGUUGUGGUAACCCAAGCAUGAAUGAAGUGCCUGUGCCACGCAGGGAAGGCUCAGAGCAGGCCCCCCCCCCCCCCGAGGUCCAGGAGAUGGGGGAAGGUUGCCCAUCUCCAAGUGAGCGUCCUUCAGCUUUUGGCCACUAAGGCCUUUACUGCAUGAUGUUCCUGGAGCCAGAGUGGGGGCAGACUCCCCUUUCCUCUGCCUGUAAUCUGUAGGACAUGGGAUCUACCCGUACCUGUGCCCAUGCUUGACCUUGCUUCAGUUUCUAAGUAUGCUACCUCAGAUGCCUUUAGGGAGAUGAAAUUCUUUUGUUACUCAGACCAGAAGCAAAUGGAACAUGGGAGCUUUCUCGAGGUCAGGCCCAAGCAUUGUUAGCAAGCCUUGAGGCACCGCUUUGCCCAAGAAGAUGGAGUUUUUUUUAGAUUUCGAGGCAGUUGGAAUUCUGUUGCUGGCUAUCAGGGUCACACCUUGGUGUAUUUUUGUGGCCGUGUGCACACAUACCACCUUAGGAAUCGUGUUAAAUAGCACAGGACAAGUUCCAUGUUGGCUAACUCACCUUUCCCUUUGUAUCUCUCUUCUCUCUCUCCAAAGCCAAAGGCACGUCCCUGACAGCUGGAAUAAAUACCAUAGUGAGAAAAGAACUGGACAAUUUUCACUACAAGUAAAACCUCCACCUGGCACUCUGGACUCCACGAUGCCUUUGAGUUUAUCCCAGCUUCCUGCGGUCCUCAGGUGUAGAAAUCUGCUGGACUGUUUGUUGUUUUAAAAAAGGAAUUCCCUGAAGCCAUGUCUGUAGCAGUGAACACCCUUAAUAGACCCUGGAUCGAGUUCAGCCACAGAAUUGCUUUUAUCAGUGUUAAAAGUGGUCUGGACUGCUUGCUACAAAUCUGUGAGAUUUUUACUUGCAGGAAGACAUCAAAUUGCCAUUCUUUGAUAAAGAUUGGCUGGGCAAAAAAUGUUUUGGGCAGAACAUUCCCCUAGACUUCCUUCUUCCCCAGGCCAGCCCCCCUGGGGUCAUCCACACGCAGUUAGGCACCCGCCCUCUGGAUGACACCCAAGGAGGUAUGGGGAGUGGCCCUCCAGAAGGGAAUGUGGCUUUAUUGUUCGGGCAGUGGAAAACAGACAAUAGCCCAACUCGCAGAACAAAACAGGCCAUAUUUUUGCCCAGCCUUUUGCAAGUAAUUUGGGAUAAGGAGCUGUCAGGAGUUUCCAACUUUUAAAAAAAGUUAGUUGUUUUAAGCCAUCGAUGCCCAGAAAGCGAGUAUAAACUAUUUUGAAGGAAUAUUUUCCAUGGUACAAAAGCAAUUCUAUGUGCUUUUUGAAUAAGAUGCAACUGAAAAGGAAUAUAAAAAUGCUAACUAGUUUUGAUAGAGGAAAGCCAAAUGAAAAAAAAAAAAUCACUGUAGGGGAAAAACCCUCUGCGGAGAUUUCCAAAGAAAUGUAAUUUCUUUUACAAGGGUAUUGCAUAGAGUCUUCACAUUGAAACAGCAUAUCAAAGUAGGUUGAUUAUACCUUCUAGCCUCGUUCUAUUUUCUAAAAAUUGCCUUUUUAAGAUGAAAUUAAUAGGAUACCACAGAAAUGAGCAUUCAUAUUUUUAAUGUUUUUGGAGGUGAGUUAUGUUAUCCUCAACCUCCUCUGAAUACUGUAACAGAAAUCAGUUUUAAACAUCAGCUUGACCUGACCCUGUUUGUUUCACCCCCUUUAUGUCCCUGCAGAUAACUGGUUGGGUGGUUUUUUGCUUCUGUUUUGUUUUGUUUUUUUUGGUGGAGGGGCUGGGGGGGUGGGCAGCAUGGAGUGGAAAUUUUCACAUGCUGCAUAGAGAGAGCAUUUGUUUUCAUUCAUGUUCAUUUCUCAAGGAUCUGGGCUUUUACCUUCCCAAGAGGGUUUUCUGAUCCAUCCAGGACAUUCCCCACCCCCCAGAGUGAGAUCUUUAAAGGGCUUAAUGUUGUCAGAAUGUAAUUGCUGGAGAAGUCACUCGUCACUUACUUGGGGGUGAAGGGGGCGUUACCUGUGUCUCUCAGAGGGCUGAUCUCCCCUGCUGCUGUCAGUCAGAAACUCCCUCAGUGCAUCCUUCAUUCUCCCCUCCACGCCCCUCCUUUUCCCCUGCUCUCGUGUCAUGAGCUACCAUUCCAGGAACCCUGAAGCCAACAAAUGUCAACUGCUCCAGACUCAUUAGAUACAGACCUGGGCACGUAUGUGACAGAACAACAGAUCCUUUAUGCAGACACUUUAAAGAUAAAUGUAUGUAAAAUAUUAAUUUUUUUGAAAGGGGUGGGAUAUUUUUCAUCGAUUAUGCAAUCAGUCACCAAAUGUUUUUAGGACAAAAUAGGACAGCUAAUAGAAGAGUGCGGACAUGUGGAAGGGGCUAUUUUCUUAUGUUAUUUGGAAAAAACCAAUAGAAUGACCAGGUGACCUCUAAGGUCCCUUCCAGCUCCAAAUCUAUGAUUUUAUGACCUCCCAAGAGUCAGGCAGUGGGUGGGGAGGAGGGGGAGCGUCCAAACGGCCCCUUGGGGGGUCCACGUUGGGUGUCACAAGGGCAUUUUGGAUUUGAGUAGAUUUCCGUUUCAGAGCCAAGAAGGGAGUGCGACGGCAAUAAACAAAGUCAGUUUUAAGUGAUAGAAUUUGUCUAAGAUUAUGUUACUCGAGAAAAAGAAGUAAAAAGGCUACAAUAAUGGCAAGUCAGAGCUGAUUCCGAAUAAUGUAGAUAUUUAGACUAGCAAGUGUUGAUCAUUUGGAUUUCUUUUAGAUUGGGGUUUUUAAUUCCAUUUUCAUUAUGUCUCCUGGUAGUACGUACAUAAAGCAACCGGAUUAGGAAAUUAGCCAUUUUGAAACCUGCCUGCCACAAACCAACCUACUCAUGCAGUGCUAUGGCAUUGUAGACUGGUGGGUUGUUUUUUUCUUGGAACUUUUAUUUUCUCCUACAAUUAUUUUAGUACUUAUAAAUAAUUAAGAUAAUUUAAAACAGUAGCACAAGUACUUUUUGGAUUAAAUUAACUUGCAAAACCAAAUUUGCAGUGGUUGGGUUGUUUCUAGACAGAUUUUGGUAUUAAUUUAAAACCAAGACAAUUUUUAUAUUCUUUCCAUAGAAUUUCAUGACAACUCC